CCCCAGGCUGCCAGCGCCUGUCACCUCUUCCAGAGCUCAGGCAGGCGAGGCAGGGCAGCCGUGGCAGGAGAAGGAGGCUGGGAGCGGACCGGGCACAGGUGAGCGCUGCCCGAGGCUGACGUGUGGAUUCUGCCCUGGGACCCUCCAACCCAACUGCCUCCCAGUGGCCAGAGUUCUCCAUCACCCUUCAAGGAUGCCCCUGCGGAUCCUGCUUCUGUGUUUGUGGGGUCUGCCACUCCAGAGGGCGGAGACAGAUUCUGAGGGGCAGACCACGGGGGAGCUGUUCCAGCGCUGGGAGCGCUACGGCCGGGAGUGCCAGGAGACCCUGGAGGCUGCAGAUCCACCCUCAGGCAUAGUCUGUAACGGGUCCUUCGAUAUGUACGUCUGCUGGGACUACACGGCCGCCAACACCACUGCUCGGGCAUCCUGCCCCUGGUAUCUGCCCUGGUACCGCCACGUGGCUGCGGGCUACGUCUUCCGCCAGUGUGGCAGUGAUGGCCAGUGGGGGUCUUGGAGAGAUCACACUCAGUGUGAGAAUCCAGAGAAGAACGGGACCUUUCAGGACCAAAGGCUGAUCCUGGAGCGCCUGCAGGUGGUGUAUACAGUCGGCUACUCCCUGUCCCUGGCCGCUCUGCUGCUAGCCCUGCUCAUCUUAAGUCUGUUCAGGCGGCUGCACUGCACUCGCAAUUACAUUCACAUGAACUUGUUCACGUCUUUUAUGCUGCGGGCAGCGGCCAUCCUCACCCGAGACCGGCUGCUUCCUCCACUUGGCCCCUACACUGGGGACCAGACUCCUACCCUGUGGAACCAGGCCCUAGCUGCCUGCCGCACGGCCCAGAUCGUGACCCAGUACUGCGUGGGUGCCAACUACACCUGGCUGCUGGUAGAGGGUGUGUACCUGCACCAUCUGCUGGUGAUCGUGGGAGGCUCGGAAAAGGGCCACUUCCGCUGCUACCUGCUUCUUGGCUGGGGGGCCCCCGCGCUUUUCGUCAUUCCUUGGGUGAUCGUCAGGUACCUGUUCGAGAACACGCAGUGCUGGGAGCGCAACGAAGUCAAAGCCAUUUGGUGGAUCAUUCGCACCCCCAUCCUAAUAACCAUCUUGAUCAAUUUCCUCAUCUUCAUCCGCAUCCUGGGCAUCCUUGUGUCUAAGCUGAGGACGCGGCAGAUGCGCUGCCCGGACUACCGACUAAGGCUGGCUCGUUCCACGCUGACGCUGGUGCUGCUGGGUGUCCACGAGGUGGUGUUUGCUCCCGUGACGGAGGAACAGGCUGAAGGCGCCCUGCGCUUAGCCAAACUGGCCUUUGAAAUCUUCUUAAGUUCCUUCCAGGGCUUCCUGGUGAGCGUGCUCUACUGCUUCAUCAACAAAGAGGUGCAGUCGGAGAUCCGCCGGGGCUGGCGUCACCGUCGCCUGCGUCUCAGCCUCCGCGAGGAGCGCUCUGGUCCGAACAUGGAGCUCAGCCCGCCGGCCCUGCCCUCGCGUCCUGCACCCCGGGAGGCCCCCAUAGGCAGCGCCUGGCCCUCCGGGUCUCUGCACGUGCCUGGAGAUGAAGUCUUGGAAAGUUACUGCUAGGUAACGGGACUCCUGUGUCUGUACACUUGGCAUGUAUUGAGUGCCUACUGUGUACCAGCCCCGGUGUGGGGAAUGCUGGGGAAACGGGAGGAGAAGGAAGGAAGACAAGGUCCCUACAUGUAUAUAUUUGUUGUGGAAUGGCUUAUGAAAAGGAUCGAGAUGUUUAGGACCACUGACAGGGAGGCCGCUUGUGAAGACGCGACGCUUUUAAGCCAUGUUUGAAAGAAGUGGAGACAACCUGAAGAGGUGGAGGACAAGACUCCAGGCAGAUUCCAGUGUAAAGGCCCUGGGAACAGGAAGGAUGAAGAAGGGCUUCCGUGGCUGGAAAAACCCUGGACCUGCAGGCGGGGAAGAAGUGGGCAAGGGGUGCAGAGACGGGGAUUUCCUCCCAGGUGCAGUGAAGAUUUUAUUCUUUUAUUUUAUGCAUACAACCGUUUUGCCUGCAUGGAUGUAUGUGCACCACAUGCAUGCAGCACUUAAGUAUGCCUGAAGGGCAGAAGAUCCCCUGCGACUGGAUGGUUGUCAGCUUCCACGUGGGUGGGGUGACUGAACUCCAUCUCUCCAGCCCUGCGUUUAGCAGGGGCGUCUGUCUCCUUGGCUCUUUCCCACAGUUGUGGGCUCCACAGGGACAGAUUAUUGGGGCAGGAUGUGAGCUGGGAGCCCAGUGAGAAGAAUGCAGGUAGCUGGACCAGAGGGUGGCCACAGAGGGCGAGAAAGAUUUGCUGAUGGAUCCCAGGAGAGGGAUCAGACUGCUGGGACAAAAGGAGGUCGAAUCAAAGGGCUCUUGGCCUGGAUAAGGCUGGUGACACUCGGGUGUGUGUGUGGGGGGGCUGAACAUUAGGAUCUGGACCCACUGCUGGCAGUUAGGACACACCCUUCCGCCUCCCAGGGAGGACUGAGAGGUAUUUGGGGAUGCAGCCUCACUGUGGCUGGUCCCUGCGUGUGCAUACAACAGACCUCAGUUAGUGUGUGUGUGUGUGUGUGGGGGGGGGGGGGUGCUGUAUUUUCCCCAGAAAGAUGUGCCCCACAGCUGACCCUGCACUUCCCACCUCGGCCUUUGGCGGCUGGGAGUGGAGGCCCUAGUAAAUCAAGUGGGAGAAUCCUUGCUUCUUUAUGGGGUGGAGAUGAAGGCCAGGCUGGAAAGGGAGAUGACCAGGGUGUGUGUGUGUGUGGUCGUCUGCCAUAGACAGUAAGGGGCAACUGGAGCCACAUGUUGCCACCAGAAAACACGAACACCACAUUGCCUGUGCUCCCCCCUGAGAGAAUCUCAUGGACACUCUUUGAGACACAUGAACAAAGUAAAGCUGUGUGUGAACCUGCCGCUUCUCUGGAAAGAACACGAACAGCAGAGCUGGACAAGGGGGUGGAACAGCUGGACAGCUGUGGUCCCAGCACCUGAGGUGGUGGGAGGAGGAGGUCGAGUUGAAGGUCACCUUGAUGGAAAGCAAGUUGGAUAUUUGAACUAUGUGAGACCUUGUCUCAAAUAAAAAACAAAAGCAGCAGGAA